AUGGCAUCACUCACACCUGUCGCUAUUGUUGGCUAUGCCUGCAGACUCCCUGGCGACGUCUCAUCACCUGAUGAUCUUUGGGAGUUGUGCUCUCGAGGCCGUACUGGCUGGGGACCGACUCCCUCUACCCGCUACGCCAAAGAUGCAUACUACCAUCCUGCUCCCGGCAAGCAUGGAUGUAUCAACACAGAGGGUGGUUACUUCCUUACAGAAGACCCUGCUCUUUUUGAUGCUCCUUUCUUCAAUAUGACCAUUCAAGAGGCUACUGCACUUGAUCCUCAGCAGCGACUUCUUCUUGAAUGUACCUUUGAAGCCUUCGAGGAUUCUGGUAUGACCAAGGAAGGAAUCGCAGGUAAAGAUAUUGGUGUCUUUGUUGGUGGCUCCUUCGCGGACUAUGAAGUCAACAAUACUAGAGACAUCGAUACUGCACCUACAUACCAAGCCACUGGCUGUGCGCCAGCAAUGCAGUCCAACCGACUCUCAUACUACUUUGACCUUCGUGGUCCAAGUAUGACUGUCGAUACGGCAUGCUCGUCUUCUCUAGUGGCGCUGCAUAGCGCUAUGCAAAGUAUUCGCAAUGGUGAAUCCUCAUCAGCAGUUGUUGCUGCUGCCCAUCUCAACCUGACACCAGACUUCUUCGUGACCAUGUCGAACACACAAUUACUCAACGAUGCUGGCAAGACUUUCGCUUUUGACCAUCGGGCAAUUUCAGGAUUUGCACGUGGCGAAGGUGCAGGCUCAAUGAUCCUCAAACCUCUCGAGGCGGCAAUCCGUGAUGGCGAUGUUAUCCGUGCCGUUAUCCAUAACUCUGGUGUCAAUCAAGAUGGCAAGACCAACGGUAUCACAGUACCGAAUGGCCGUGCACAGUCAGAUCUGAUCAAACAGGUCUACCUCAAGGCAGGGCUUGAUCCAGCUGAAUGUGGUUUCAGUGAGUGCCACGGAACUGGUACAAAGGUUGGCGACCCCAUUGAAGUGGCCGGCAUUCAUGAAGCGUUGGGUGCUGGUCGUAGCUCAAGAAACCCACUCUUCAUCGGCUCCGUAAAGAGCAACGUCGGCCACCUCGAAGGUGCCAGUGGUAUAGUCUCGGUCAUUAAAGCCGCGAUGAUGCUGGAGAAGGGCAUGAUCUUGCCUAAUGCAAAUUUUGAAACCACAAACCCAAACAUUCCGCUCGACCAAUACAAUAUGAAGGUUCCGACCUCAACUAGGCCUUGGCCGCGAGGCAAGAAGUACGUCUCGGUCUCUAACUACGGCUUCGGUGGUGCCAAUGCUCAUGUCGUUUUGGGCGCUGCUCCCAAAGGACUCAAGACUACCAUGACCACCAUCCGUUCUCUUGAAGAAUCACCUGAAGAGCCUCUGUGCAAACUGUUUGUGCUCUCCGCCCAUGACUCUCAAGCUCUGCAAAAGAAAAUCACUGAUCUUGGUGUUUUCCUUGAGCAACGUCCGGAAGUCUUCGAGAAGUUGCUUGCAGGCAAUGUAGCUUACACCCUCGGCGAAAGACGCUCUCACUUGCCUUGUAGAAUCGCAAUUGCAGCAGCCUCCUCAGACGAGCUAGGCCAGAGUCUUGCGACUACAAAAGUCCCUACCUUUCGAGCUCGCAACGAACCCACGCUCGGCUUUGUCUUUACCGGUCAAGGAGCUCAGUGGGCUACCAUGGGAGCCGAGCUUGCUCGUGACUACCCAGUCUUCGCUGCUGCACUCAACACUGCAGACGACACAUUGAAAGCCCUCGGAGCCGAGUUCUCCUUGAGAGAAGAGAUGCUGAAACCCGCAGAUACAUCGCUCAUUAAUGCUGCUCACAUAAGUCAGCCCGCGUGUACCGCACUUCAGAUUGCUCUCACUAUGCUUCUGAGCUCAUGGGGUAUCCACCCUGCCGCUGUGGUUGGCCAUUCGUCAGGCGAGAUCGGCUGUGCCUUCGCUGCUGGUAUCGUUGGUCUUGAAGAUGCGAUGAAAAUCGCUUAUUACAGAGGCCAAUGUAUGCUUAGUCUCAAGAAGAAAUCCGUGGAUAAACCACAAGGCACCAUGAUGGCUGUAGGUACCAGUGCCGAGAAUGUUCGCCCUCUGCUCGAUGCUGUGAACAAGGGUUAUGUCACUGUGGCUUGCAUCAACAGCCCUGCCUCAGUGACUCUAUCUGGGGACGUCGAGGCUGUUGAAGAACUUCAGCCAAUCUUGACAGAGAAGAGCAUCUUCAACAGACAGCUGAAGGUCGGUGUCGCUUAUCACUCUGCACAUCUCGAGCCUGUCGCAGAUGAGUACUUGAAUCUGAUCAAGGACAUUCAACCUGCUAGCACAGCUACAGCCACUUUCUACUCGUCCCUUCAUGGACGGGUCGCCGAACCUUCUGAGCUUACUCCAGAAUACUGGGUCCAGAACCUGACAUCUCCCGUCAGGUUUUCUGAUGCUCUCAGUGCCAUGGCGAAAGAAACUGGUACCAAGAGCAUCGAUCAACUGGUCGAGCUUGGACCUCACUCAGCUCUGCAAGGCCCCAUCAGAGAUACUCUGGCUACCAUUGAUGCUGCAAAGGGCAAGAUGCAGUAUGUAUCUGUGCUUGCUAGAGGUCAGAAUGCCAGCGAAUGUGCUCUACGCAUGGCAGGUGCCCUCUACAUGAAGGGCUUACCACUGACAUUCGGCGAGAUCAAUUUCCCUCGUACUAAAAGUGUCAACCAAAAGCUUAUCACUGAUCUCCCGAGAUAUCCGUUUAACCACGAGACCAGAUACUGGCACGAAUCUCGUCUUGCUCAGAAGCACUGCUUUAAAGAGGGCGGCCGCAAUGAUCUUUUGGGUUCGCUCGCCGAUUGGUCCAACGAUCUUGAACCUACUUGGAGAAACAUCGUUAAACUGGAUGAUUUGCCAUUCCUUCGCAGUCAUAAGAUGCAGGACAUGCCCGUUUUUCCCAUGGCAGGAUACAUGGGCAUGGCUUUGGAAGCAGCUGCUAGACGUGCAAACUCUCGUGGCGUUCAAUUCGAUCGCUUUGAGAUCCGUGAAUUUGUCGUCAGUAGCGCAUUGGUCCUCAAUGAGGACACUGAUGUUGAGAUGACUAUCACUCUGAAGCCCUACAGUGAAGGCCUCCGCGGUGCAGCAUCUGAUCUGUGGGACGACUUUAAGAUCUGCUCCUGGGAUGCAAAGCGUGGCUGGCUACAGCACUGCCACGGUCUUGUUGGUGUUCGAAACUCUCCAGCUGCCAACGCUGUUGAUGCACACAAAGCUCAGAGCGCUUCCAAGGCGUUCGAAGCUCUUAAGUCGAGCAUCAUCAGUGCAUCUACCGAUACCGUCGACAGUCAAGCUAUGUACGACACUCUUACUGCCAUCGGAGCUGGGUAUGGGCCUGUGUUCACCGGUCUGGAGCCCUGCCAGGCAAGUGAUACUACCGCUCAUGCUGAGCUCGUUGUCCCUGACACCAGGUCUCUGAUGCCCAAAGGCUACGAGACUGAGCUCAUUGUACACCCCGCUCUUCUUGAUCAGAUCAUUCAGAUCGUCUGGCCGAUAUUCGGCGCGGGGCGUCAGGGACUCGACACCCUCUACAUGCCUACAUUUGUGAAGAACUUCAGUAUUUCUCGCAACCUCUCCUCUGUGCUGAGUAACCGAGUCGAAGUGUUUGGUUCAGGUACCCCCAACAAGGAAGCCCCUGAGCCCACAAAGUUCAAUUUCUUCGUUGUGGACUCGUCCAACGCUAGCGAGCCUCUUGUCCAGUUCGACGGUCUGACGAUGACUCCUCUUCGCGAGUCCAGUGGAAACUCCGGACCUCAAGCACGUGAGCUCUGCUACAAGAUCGACUGGCAAACAGUGUCAGACGAAGACAAUGGCCUGGAAAGGUCUUCGUCCGACGUUUCAGACACUCCAGUGAAAGCCGAUUCGCUUGUCAGCACGCCUUUCACAAGAGAGGAAGCUGUUUGCGUUGUCUACAGUGAAGCAAAUGAGAAGAAUCUGGCAGCUGAACUAGCUGACAACGUGUGGAAGACAUCUGGUGUCCAAGCUGAGCUCCUCACGCUCUCAAAGGUCGAACCUAGUGACAAGCGAGUUGUCUUUGUGUCAACUGGCAAGAACGUUUUGAGCGGCAUUGAUGCAACAGUGUUUGAUUCCUUGCGCCAGAUGCUGCUCUCUGCCCGUAAGGUCCUCUGGGUCUACAAGGAAGGUCCCGAUGCUGCUGAUGUUGACGGAAGCAUGGUUGUCGGCUUUACUCGUGCGAUCCGCUCCGAGACUUCGGCCAACAUUAUCACUCUUGGUCUGCAGCAGGCGACCGACAAGGAUGUGGUUGAGAACGUCUUCACUGUUCUCUCUAAGACUGGUGUCGACUCGACCUCGGCUUUUAAGGACGAUAAAGAAUUCAUUUUCAAGGGUGAUAACCUCUCGGUACCUCGAGUGCUUGAUGACGAGGAGUUGAAUGUCCGACUCCAUCAGGAGUCGCAAGACUCGGUCGUAUAUCAGCAGGCUUUUGCACAAUCUGAUCGUCGUCUGAAGAUGGUGAUUGCUACUCUCGGCUCUCUGGACUCGUUCUACUUUGUUGAUGAUGAGCCCAAACCAUUGGGAGACAAUGAAGUCGAGAUUGAAGUCAAGGCUACUGGCAUGAACUUCAAAGACGUGGUUGUUUCCAUGGGCCAACUUAACCAGCCAUAUAUCGGUGUCGAGUGCGCCGGUAUCAUCGCUGCAGUCGGUAAAGAUGUGACAGAUGUCAAGGUUGGACAAUCUGUCAUGGCUAUGACGGAAGGUGCGUACAGCACCUACGCUCGCUGUUUGUCAACCAGCGUUGCCCCGCUUCCGGAGAAGAUGGACUUCAUCGCUGCUUCGACCAUUCCUGUCGUCUUCUGUACCGCCUACUAUGGUCUGUUCGAUCUCGGCCGUCUCACCGAAGGCGAGAGCGUGCUCAUUCAUGCUGCUGCUGGUGGUGUGGGUCAGGCAGCAAUUAUGUUGGCUCAGACUUGUGGUGCCGAAAUCUUUGCCACGGUUGGAAGCCUUGACAAAAAGCAGCACAUCAUGAAAGAGUACGGCAUUGCCGAAGAUCACAUCUUCUACAGUCGUGAUACUUCCUUCGGACCUGCCAUCCGUCAAGUCACUGGCGGAAAGGGUGUCGAUGUUGUGCUCAACUCGCUUGGAGGCGACUUCCUGCGCGAGAGUUGGGACUGCUUGGCUCCAUUCGGACGCUUCAUUGAGAUCGGCAAGGCUGAUAUCACGAAGAACAGUAGGCUUGAGAUGGCACAGUUCGAGUACAACGUAUGUUUCGCUUCCGUUGAUCUAACCAAGGUGGCUGCAUACCGACCGAAACUCAUGAAGAGACUCUUGAACGAUGUGGAGAAGCUUAUGAGCAACGGCAAUAUCAGACCGGUCAGUCCAAUCACCAGCUACGGUAUCAAUGAUGUUGAAGCUGCCUUCCGCAGUCUCCAAAGCGGUAAGAGCAUGGGCAAGUUGGUCAUUGCUCCUCAACCUGGCGACCUUGUUCAAGCCAUUGCGCCCAAGAAGACUGCAAGCCUGUUCAAAGAAGAUGCCUCGUACUUGAUCGUUGGAGGCACUGGCGGUCUUGGUUGCAGCAUCACCAGAUGGAUGGCAUCUCGUGGUGCAAAGCAUAUCUGCUUGUCAUCUAGACGAGCCAACAUCACGCCAAGACUGGAAGCACUUAUCAACGAUCUUGCCAAAUUGGGAACUAAAGUGUCUGUUCGCGCCUGCGACGUUGCCAAUGCCAGUUCAGUCGAGACUCUCAUUGAAGACCUCGGAAAAGAGGCUCCAAUUCGUGGUGUCAUCCAAGGUGCCAUGGUCCUCAAGGAUGUCCUCUACGAACAGAUGACCCUGGAUGACUUUAGUGCAGUUGUGAACCCCAAGGUUUCCGGCACUCUCAACUUGCACAACAGUCUUGGUACAUCCGAGCUUGACUUCUUCAUCGCUCUUUCCUCAGUCGCUGGUGUUGUUGGUAACCGUGGUCAAGCGGCCUAUGCAGCUGCCAAUGUCUUCUUGGAUACCUUCAUGGCACACCGCAAUGCCCAAGGACUCCCUGGUACAUCUCUCGACCUUACUGCCGUUUCAGAUGUUGGUUACUUGGCCGACAACAGUGAAAGAGCGGCUGAUGUUCUCCGCAAUUUGGGGGGCGAGACCAUCGAAGAAAGUGAAAUUCUUGGUCUUCUCACCGCCGCCAUCACAGGCAAGAUCACUGCAAGCAAUAAUCAUGUCAUCACUGGUCUGAAGAUCAACCCUGGCUCGGAGCCCUUCUGGUGCCACGACGCCAAGUUCAGCAAUCUGCUCGCUGCAGCUGCCUCGCAGAGCUCUACGGAGGGUGGAAAUACUAACGCACCUCUGCCUCAAGCAUUGAAGGGCGCUGCUGAUGGCGAGAAAGCAUUGGAAGUCUUGUACAGUGCUCUCAUUACCAAGCUAGCCGCGGUUCUGAUGCUGUCUGUUGAGGAGAUGGAGCCAUCUGCCGCAGUUGCUUCAUACAGUUUGGAUUCUCUCGCUGCCAUCGAGGUCCGUAACUGGAUCGCAAGAGAAGCGGAUGCGAAUGUUCAAGUUUUGGAGUUGCUCACCAGCCCCAGUCUGAUGGAGCUGGCCAAGUUGAUACUGAAGAAGAGCAAAUUGGUUUCGUUUGAGUAA